UGUUAGGCCAACAUCAUCUCUUUUUAUUUCACGUCCUUCUCCACUCAUUUGAACUCAAAUAGUCCAACCAACAACACCACAUUGUUUGUCCUCCACGAAAUGCCAAUUUCUGCAAAGUGGACAUUAUAAUCUUGGAUUAAUGCAUACUUUUGGAUCUAAUCAAUGAACAAGACCCGCCGUUAGCUCAUAUUUAGUAAACGGAGGACCGCAGCUCCCACAAAUUUAAUGCUUAUACCUAAUCUUCCACCAUAAUUUUCAAAAUUUUCAGUUACACACGUAAUCUCAAUCAAUGGAAACAGUAAUGCAUUCGUGGAUACGAGUUCAAGGAGUUCUCGAAAAGCUCCAUUAUUAUCGACACUGAAAUUCCAAGUGCGUAGUAGUCAAAGACAUGGCGGCGACGGGAACACUGAAUCUUCCUAUCAUAGACCUCUCUUCUCCUCACCGUCUUUCCACAGCCAGUUCCAUCCGUCAGGCAUGCGUUGAGUAUGGUUUCUUCUACCUUGUCAACCAUGGCAUCGAUGAGGAUUUUCUGAAUCAAGCGUUCGAGGAGAGUGCAAAAUUCUUCUCACUUCCAAUCCAACACAAAAUUAACUUGCAUCGCAAAGACUAUAGAGGUUAUACUCCUCUCUAUGCCGAGAAACUUGACACUACUUCACUCUCCCAAGGCGAUUCAAAAGAGAGCUAUUACAUUGGUCCUUUAACAGAUGCAACAAGUGUUCGUCUCAAUCCAUGGCCUUCUCAAGAAUUACUCCCAAAUUGGAGACCCACAAUGGAAUCCUUUUUUUGGAAGUUAAUGUCAGCUGGCGAAAAGUUGUUGUCUCUAAUUGCCCUGUCUUUGAAUCUAGAUGAAAAUUACUUUGACAAGAUCAGUGCCUUAAACAAACACGAAUGUUUUCUUCGCCUUCUGCGCUAUCCAGGUGAAUUGGGAUCUAAUGAAGAGAUAUGUGGUGCCUCUGCUCAUUCAGAUUAUGGCAUGAUCACUCUCCUAUUGACCAAUGGUGUUCCUGGACUUCAGAUCUGCAAGGACAAGUUGAAGCAACCACAGGUAUGGGAGGAUGUGCCUCAUGUAGAAGGGGCCAUGAUUGUGAACAUUGGAGACAUGAUGGAGAGGUGGACAAAUUGUUUAUACCAGUCUGCACUUCACAGGGUUAUGCCAACAGGAAAAGAACGAUAUUCUGUGGCAUUCUUCAUGGAUCCACCAUCAGAUUGUGUGGUGGAAUGCUUUGAAAGUUGCUGCAGUGAAUCAUCUCCACCUAGAUUCCCACCAAUACGUAGUGAGGAUUACUUGAAUGAGAAGUUCAAACUCACAUAUGAUUCUGAGAGGGAUCUUCAGUGCUCAAUCUAGUCAAAGAACUAAAGGCUUUACAUACCGACGUGUAAGGGCACCAAAUUUAAAAUAAGUUCAAAAACUUGCUUCGUUUUAAAUUAAUUUGCAAAAUCUGCUCCAUGACUGUUGGUUGUUGUGACAUGACAUGGGGUUUGUUAUUGAUAUUAUUGUUUGUAUAUAAGUUAUAAGGUAAUGUUUGGAGAAACAGUUUAUUCGUGAACAAAUUGUUUUUAAGAAACUACUUAUAUGCAAUGCAAAUAUAUCAUUUAUAAAC